GUCCACGAGCGCUGAAGAAAGUCAGUGGGGGUCCCACCUGCGUGUGCCUACCGUUCUCUUAUCACCUUGUGGACACCCCUAAAUGAAUAAUAAAAUGUCGCCUUCGGUGUCCCCUCGCUUUUUUUCCGAAAAGGAGGUAUCCAAACAUUGCACCAAGGAUUCGUGCUGGGUGUUGUUAGGGACGCGCGUCUACGAUGUGACGGGGUUCCUCCGGAUGCACCCGGGAGGAGAGGCGCUCAUUCUCCGCCGCUCUGGCAAGGAUGUCAGCCGGGAGAUCGAAGGACCCCCACACCGGCACUCGGAGAACGCCCGGAGGUGGAUGGAGCAGUACUACAUUGGUGAACUCGACAGAGACAGCAUAGAUGAAGAUACGGACACUCUGAGACAGAGGAAGAAGAUCCCAGAAAGCACCACAGAAGAAGAAGAAGAAGAAGAAGAAACGUCGGCCAUCAAUAAGUGCAGCAAAGUCAAUGAAGAAACGGAUCUGGUAGACUGGCGGAAGCCACUGGCCUGGCAGGUGGGAUACCUCAGAGAGAAAUAUGACACGUGGGUCCAUCAGCCUGUGGACAGACCGAUCAGGCUGUUUGAGAAUGACUUUUUCGAAGCCAACACAAAGACUUCUUGGUACAUGGUGCCAAUUGUAUGGAUGCCUUUGGUGAUCUAUCUGUGCUGGUACUGCUAUGCGUUACUGGCACAAGAGAGGACAAGACUGUUUAUUACAUCAGACUACUCCAUUCUGGUCCACAAGUACAGCUUUCCGUUCAUCUUCAUGCUUGGCAUGUUCCUGUGGUCGUUCAUCGAGUACUGCAUCCAUCGCUUCGUCUUCCACAUGCGCCCGCCCGCUCACAAUUAUUACCUUAUCACACUGCACUUCCUGUUGCACGGUCAGCACCACAAGUCUCCGUUUGACGGCUCUCGUCUGGUGUUUCCUCCGAGUCUGGCCGCCAUCGCCAUUGGCGCUUUUUACCUGAUACUCAGGCAGCUGUUGUCUGAGGGUCUGGGAACCUCCCUGUUCGUCGGGGGUCUGUGUGGAUACGUGGUCUACGACAUGAUCCACUACUACCUGCACUACGGCUCGCCACGGAGAGGCUCCUACUUGUACGGGCUGAAAGCGUACCACGUCAAACACCACUUUGAACACCAAAGGGCAGGUUUUGGGAUCACCACCACAUUCUGGGACUACCCCUUCAACACAACCAUGCCCGAGCAGACGUUUUAGAAGACCCUUCUUUUGCCACAAUGACCAAAUCAAAAUCCCCCCAAACAAACUCCCAUAAGCCUCUCUCUUCUGCAUUCUCCCUUUAUCACUGGGUUAGGUACAGUGUCUUACCCUGCUGCUGCUACCAGCUUUUAUAACCUUAGGUUCACCAUCAUCAUCAUCAUCAUCGUCGCCGCCAUCAAUUAUUUAGAGAAGGGUGGGGGGGGGUCCUGAAACAAACAGAAUCACAGAAUGUCAAGCUAUAUAAAUAUUUAUAUACCAUGUAUGAAUGUACUGACGAAUCAAAUGUUGGAUGAAAUCUGUAAAUGUCUUUUAUUAGAGGCACAGGAAUAUCAAACUCACAGUUUUUGCCCAUCCAUGUAAAGUAAAGAGAUGUAUAGACUGGGACCGGUAAGUGUGGGAUGGCGUGUGAAGGUGCGAGUGGAAAUUAAUUCUUAGUCGUAGUGUUAAGAAGCUGAAGGCUAGCAGAAGGAGGUCCUUUUGGUGGCCACGUGUGCCAUUGCCUUUAAGUAAAACUCAGGAAAGUCUCAGACGCUUUAACUCUUCUCAGUGUUGAUGCUGCAACCGCUUUACGGAUCAUCGCUUUCCCUGAGCUGUGUGUCAAAACUUUGCUCCGCCGGUUUCAUUCUGCUCUGGUGGUCUUGCUUUUCUUUCUCAUCUCACCCACUUCGAGGUGUUUUUUGCCAAUCGACUUACUAAUAUCCUGAUCCGGAGGACGUCACAAGUAGCUGCUCCUCGAGUAAUAUGUUACAUAUCCAGUGAGAUAUUAAGUUAUUGAGGACUGAAGCUUGCUUUUGGUUCUCCUGACUAACACACGGGGACGAUUCCGCACUUUGAGCUCAUGGUGAGGGCGUGAAGCGGGGUGCACGGGUCUCUCCUGCCGGCGAGGGUUGCCAGCCGUCCAUAGCUGUCAUAGGGUGGAGGGUUUGUAGAAAUCCUCUGUCGUCAUCGGUGUAGAUCUAGCCGGCGCAACCCUUCCAUCUGGUGUGACGAUCUGGUGCAUCUGACCAGGCGUCAGGAGAGCAAGAGCAUCCUCGGCUGAUCUCUCAUCCUUUCAUACGGCAGAUUUGUUCACUCGUCCGACACUUUUGUAUUGUUCCCUACUCGUUUUAACUCCUGCCUUUGUCUUGACUCUGGUUCAAUGUUGUUGGAAUUCUGGGAAAUAUCCAAGAAAAGCUGUGACCACAUGUAACUCAGCUUCAUACAGUCAUUAUAAGCAUAAUUAAUGUUUCAGAUGAAAUAUAUACAUAAUUAUAUAUGAUAUUUAGGUAAAAAUUAUCCUGAUGUGCCUUAGGGGCAUUGCCUAACUUCCUGCUCCUUCCAAGCCAAUUAGAUCACAUAAUUGGUUGGACGUUUCAGCCAAAGACAUGGAAGGACCUUUGAAUAGAGCUUUUCUUUACACCGUGAUUCUGUGGCACAACGAAACUAAUAAAAUGCAAUGGACACUGUAAUGAUUUGUGAUUAUUUUGUAACUGUGACACCAUCCUGGACAGAUCCCAUGUCAUAGGAGAAUGCUUUCAAAUGAGGCAAGUCAACAGCGCAAUAUACUGUAUUUAUCUGUUUACUUGUAAUCACAUUGGGAGCUUUUAAUUCCGAUAAAAUCUUCAGCUAUAGAUGCCUCUAAUAAAUCAGUUUACUUUAUGUAUUUUUAUUUUGGAAUUUUCAAUUUCUAUGCAAAUGCAAUCGUAUUUGUAAAUAAACUGUAUAUU